GUCGAGGACGGUGGGAUAGAGCGAGAGCGAAAGCGAGAAAGAGAGCGUUUGGAAGAGAGAAAGAAAGAGAGAGAGUGAGAGAGACGGAAAGGAAAGAGAUAGAACGAGAGACAGAGGGACAGAGAGAGAGAGAGUGAGAGAGAGAGAGAGCACGUUAGUGCGAGACAAAGAGGGGAGCGUAGCGAAGGGAUGAUGGAAGGGACUGGCGGAGGGGAAAGGGCAUAGCCCAGUGGAGCGCUCGGCUGGCGUUCGGUGGAGAGUUCGGUUCAGUUCGGCACGAGUUGCCGUGGUUGUCGGUCGUUAGUAGACGUCUCCUGCGUGAGUUCUCAUCGCUAUCUCUCCUGUCUCUGUCUCUCUCUCUCUCUCUCUCUCUCUCUUUCUUUCUCUUUCUCUUUCUCUCUCUCUCUCCCUGCCAUAUCCUACCACCACCACCUCUACCAAUACCAUCACCUCCCACCCCCUAUCCCCCAAUCCCCCUUUCUCUGGCACCCGCCGAGCAAGUCCUCGAUGCCUUCGUCGUUGUCGUCGUCGUCGCCGUCGCCGUCGUCGCCGUCGUUGUCGUCGUUGUCGUCGUCGUCGUCCUCGUCGUCCCAAGUAUUAGUAGUGGUGGACCGCCGUUGCGCGUUACUUCCGAAAACGGCCGCGCGGUAGUACGCGGCGCUGUCGUACGGCUCUACUUUUCGUCACCGUCUACGCGCUCGUCGUACCGAGGAUUCGCCUGCCGUUUCUCGUUCCUCAAAUGGACGAGGAACCUCGAGCAUCGGUAUCGUGGCUGCCCGAGGGAAUUAUCAUGUUUCUUCUACGUUGCUAAAGUUUCCCCGUCGCAAACGGUCAACAAAAGACCCUAAGAAAAACAUGGCAGGGGUUGGGAAAAGAACUUACUUGCGGGACGUGAAUCCCUAUCUCAUCUGUCCUCUAUGCAGAGGAUAUUUGAUAGAUGCGACGACGGUCGUUGAGUGCUUGCAUUCUUUUUGCAGAAGCUGUAUCCUAAAACAUCUUAAUACGGAGGCACGUUGUCCUUCUUGCAAUCAUGUAUUGAACAAGGCUAAACCAAACAUCAAAGCUGACAAAGCUUUACAAGAUAUCGUGUACAAACUAGUUCCUGGACUUUAUCAUAAGGAGAUGCGCAGAAGAAGAGAAUUUUACAGAAGACAUCCCGAGCAUGGUAAGUUUAGAUUUUUCUCGUAUCGAAGAAAAUUUGGCGAGAAAAUUUGUCGGCCUAGAUACGUUCAAUGUCAAUCGUCUUCCUUUCCAACAGCAGAUGUCGCGACUCCGGAGCAACGAGGGGAAGAUGUGAGCGGUCGAUUAAUCUUUGCGCCUGAAGACGCAGUCAGCUUGAGUCUCGAGUACCUUCCACCUGGUGCCGAUCCAUUGACGAUUUUGUUGAGUACAAACGAGUCUGACCAUUCGUCUAACAAUAAUAACAACAACAAUAACAACAAUAUUAACAACAACAACAACACUGUCAACAACAAUAGCAACGCUAGCAACAGUAACAAUAACAACAGCAACAAUAAUAAUGGCAACAACAAUAGCAAUAAUAAUAAUAAUAGUAAUAGUAAUAAUACUAGUAGCAACACCACGAGCAAUAGACGGUAUCUUCAAUGUCCCGCCCUAGUUACGAUAGCGCAUCUUAAAAAGUUCUUAGCUUUGAAAUACAGCGUCGAUAUGACAAGAUACACUAUCGAAAUAUGUCAUCGAAGAGCACCGCUGCCAGAACAUUGGACUCUUAUGGACGUAGCCUACAUAUACGCUUGGAAAAGGAAUGCCCCUAUGAGAUUCUUUUAUCGUGUUGCACAAGAAGAACAAGCCUUGGAAGCACCGUUACAUGAAAGACCAUCCACGCCUGGAUUAGGUGCUAGUUUACCACCUAGUGACAAUUCCGUCAAUGUGCGUGAUGAUGAUGCGGAACAAAUACCAGAAGUCGAACGUAAGGCGAAAGAAGAUGACAAGGAAGAUGUCGUAGAGAAAAAUGAAGUUGAACCAGCGAAGGAGAAAUUACAGAACCCAGUAAUCCCUUCCGAUCGUUUAAAAGAAUCGAAAGCGAUCGAGAAGGAUGAUAAGAAAAUGGAUGUGCCGUCUUCGACGGUCGCUAGAACAUUACCAACGACUUCACCUACCACCACAACGGUAACAUCGACGAUAAGUAAUACUGUGUGUUCGACAGCGAUCACGCUUUCUCCGACUACAUCCACCACUACUGCAACAUCUGUCACUACGGCAACUGCUACGACUGUAUCUCCAGCUGUUGCUAUAACUACGGUUGCAUCUACAACUUUAGCCACGACUACUACGGAUACUACUAUAACCAUGACUACGGCUACGGCUACGGCUACGGCUACGGCUACGGCUACGGUUACGGUUACGGCUACAACUACCACUACGGAUACGGCUAUAACUACGGCUACGGCUACGACUACGGCUACGGCUACAACGUCUACUACGGCUACGGCUAUAUCUACGGUUACGGCUACGACUAAGGCUACGACUACAGCUACGGCUACGGCUACGUCUACGUCUACGACUACGACUACAGCUACAGCUACAGCCACAACCAUGGUUACAGCUACGACUACAACUGCGACUACAACAAUUCUAACUUCGACAACAAUGAAUACAAUGUCGACAAGCACGACCACUGCAUCUAACACGAUGAUAACAUCUACGGUUAACGAGGAGAGCAGUAAGCAAAUCAAAACGCCGAUAAAAAUAUUGAAAAAUUCUGAUGGAAAUUACGAAGUGUUGAGAAGUCCACCCCCUAAUUGGCAUUCCAGAGAACAAAAUUCAAAUUCUUGUGACGUCAAAACCACGAACCCUGAAUUUAGUGUUGUAAGUAUCGGGGAUGGACAAAAUUCCAACGGAGUGAAAAUAACUCUAAAACAAUGUUCAGCUCCUAAUACAAAUUCAAAGAAACCAAAAGUAAUUAGUAAUGUUUUGUUACACUGUGGACAGGUUGAGAGGGAACCAUCCGGCGGAUUGCUAUUCCAGCAUCUUCAAAAAGAUAAGGACAAAUUUCAAACGGUGGAUAAACAGGAGAAACAGAAACGCAGAGUCACUUUUAUGGACAAACCAACUACGGUAAAAACUAUGUUUAAUGUAUCGAAGACUAUAAUAAAAAAGACGACCGAGCAAAACGAUCGGAAGAAACAGUUUCUUCAAGGAUUUCAGUUGGCCGCGAAAGAACCAACAAUAGAGAAUUUAUUGAUCGAUAAAAGCCCAAAGAUGACGAGCGGAAACGCAAAUAUAACUAGUGAAAAUACAGCACAAACGAAUGCGAUCGUUAAUAAGAAAGAACACAAUAACGUUAAAACGAAUGGUUUAGAAAUCGAAGAACUGAAUGAAAAAACCAAUACGGAGAAUGGUAACGCCGGAUUUGGAAAUUUAAUAAACGAUAAGAAAUCUAAUAAUAACGUAGUAACGAAUAUCUCCCAAAAUAUAAUAAAAUCUAAUAUUAAUAAAUCGUUUAUCGAGGCCGAGACACGAGUUAUCGGUAUAAAUACAACUAGAAAUAUUAACAGUAAUGCCAAUGUCAAUGUCAACAGUCCUACGAAGAUGGACGUUUAUGCUUUUCCAAAUGAUCCUGUAGUCCCCGUAGGUGCUGUUAAAAGAAAGUGUCCACCUGGUUUACCUAUUUCCGAAGUGAAACGUAAACGGCAGCAAACGUCUCAGGUGCAAUCCGCGACGAAAAAGACAACCGUGUCUACUCAAAGCAUGCCCAAGACAUCUCGAAAAUGUGGAAACGAACAACAAAUCAUGUCACCGAAGAAACCUAUGAAUGUGGUGAAUGAUUCCGGUCCCAGUCGUACGCUUAACGUCGCAACACCCAAGACAUCACCGUCGAAUCCAUUAUUUUCAAAUGACACGAGGAAUUUGUUGGAUGGUUGCGGUUUAAAUAUACCUGCGAGUUUGAGUAUAACCUUGACAGCACCGAAGUCACCGGGAAAUAGCGGAUGUUCGAACGAUAUCAACGAUACCAAGGAUAAUCGAAAGAACGUUUUAGGAAAGGUGAGUCCAAGUAUUACACUUAACGAUAGAUGCGUCGAUCCUCGUGUAUUGAAAGCUUUGAAGACUGGACAAAUCAGGAUGCCUGCCCCUCCUAAACCUAGACAAACGAAACAAGCAGAUCGCGAGAGCAGUCAUCAGCGUCAAACUCCUCCUGGUAAAAGGAAACGAGAACAAGAAUCCAGAGAUAUCUUGGAUCUGAGUGGUGGUAAAAAGAUGGAUAUACAUCCUUUGAGAAUACCUCAACCAGUGACGAAAUUGAAAGCGAAAUCGCCGAUAAGAGAAAAUAUACCAGGUAUCAUCGAUCAAGGACAAGUAGUUACACUGAUGAGCGGUCAUCGAUACUACAGAGCUCCGCCUGGUUCUUUAACGCCAGCGGCUCAUCGUGUCAGCGAUUGUCCUCUUCCUACACCCGGACGUACUCCAGUUUAUGCACCAACAGGACUAUCCGGCUCGAUGAAUGGAAACCGUACUAAUACCAGUCUAUCGUCCGUGUUUCCAAGUUUGCAGAGCCUUUACGCUUUGAGUCAAGCGCCGAACCUUCAACAAUUUCAAAUGGACGCAAUGAUGAGAUUACCGCGAGGUGGAGGAAGUAGUGUUGGUGUUAGUGGUGGAGGUGUAGGCAUAGGCGGAAGCGGAGAUAAUAUAAUUCCGAAUAGCUGUAUAUCUAAUAACAUAGCAAGUUCCGAAAGUGCUAGUGUUGGUGGUAACGUACCUGGUAAGAGUCAUUUAGCUGCACAAUGUGCUCCUGUGAAACCCGCCAGAUCCUCGGUUGCACCUUUAGCAGUUCCUAUCACGAAGCAUCAAUCGAGCGAACGGACUGUAUCUAAUUGCUUGAACAGACAAAUCGCAAAUGAUACGAACAAAAAUGUGACUCUGCGUAAUAACGAUAAUUCUCCGACGUCGGGCGAUGUCGCUGAGAGACUUUCCUCUCAACCAAAGUACUCACCAGCUCUUGAAACCAACGACAAGUUCACUGUACGGAAGGAAAAUGGAAAAACUGGAAGUAACGAUGACAAAACAAUGUCUUCUAAUGUAGCGCGUGAUCUCAGAUUAGAAUUGAUUACGGAUAAUUCGAACGAACGCAACAAUUCUGUGAAUCAACAACAGCCACAACAGCAGCAACAACAACAACAACAACAACAGCAACAACAACAACAACAACAGCAACAACAACAGCAGCAACAGCAACAACAACAACAACAGCAGCAGCAGCAGCAACAACAACAGCAACAACAACAGCAACAAAAACAACAACAAUACAAUCGCGAAGCUGCAAGUCCAAGAGUUUCCUCCACCGCAUCACCAUCUCCACCUCCUAGCGAAAGUAACAGCAACGCUUGCGUGGAUGAAAAUAAAGUAACGAAACAACAACAGGAGGACGGUAAUGGUACGAUCAAUCGUUCAGAUGAAAAUCGAAACGACGUGCCGGCGCAAUCGAACGCCCUAAUAAAAAACAACCCCAAUACCGAAGUCUCAAGCACGAAGUCUCCUGCCAGUCCAGACUCAAGUUCCGUUACUGCGGAUAGUUCUCUCGUUAAAGUUUGCCCAAACGUGGAUCAACAAACUUCCUCGUCUACGCAAGAGCCCGAACGUAAUGUCAAAUCUACCGAUUCACCGACUAAAAUAGACGUUUCUACGCGCGAAGAUUCUCCCGUUGACGGAGAAAAAAAUAAAACUAACGCGACGAAAUUAUCGGACGGCAAACAAAUGACCUCGGAAAUGUUACAAAAAAGAUUAUUGGCAGCGUUUCCCACGAACGAAUGGGCGAACAAUCCGAUAGCGGCCGAACAUUUGGGUAAUUUUUUAAAGAGUUUGAAUGCCUCGAUGAAAACUGAGAACAACGCGAUUUCGGAAAAAGCGAUCGAAAAUAAAACUGUCGAAAGUGAGAGCGAUUGUGUUAAGCCGAUAUUUACGAAUAAUGAGGUGUCGUCCAAUCAAAAAAAGGAAAUUGGCGAACGAUCGUAAUCAGUUAUUAACUUGUUUGUUAAUAAACGGAUUGAAAAACUCUAACGAAAUCGUCGUUAUUAAAAGAGGGUCCAUCUUUGCUUAUGAUUCUCGAAAGACUACGAGCAGACACUGCCAUUUAAUUAUCUAAAACGUACAUGACUUUAUUACCUGCUUUCUCGUGUAAGCCCAAUACGCGACAUCUAUCAUUAUAUAGAUAGUUAUAAUAUAAACACAGAGUAUUUUGAAAACUACGUAUAAACGUCUUGUCGAGAAUGAACUCGAAGGAACUUUAUUUUUUUAUAUGUGAAAAACGUGUCACGCAUGUACGUAUACUUUAGCAAUUUACACGUACGAAAACUAUUUUCUCUCUGUGUGUGUACUUCGGACAUUGAUGAUUUAGAAAUUGUAAAUGCUUUAUAUGGAGGGGGCGAAAAAAAAAAAAGAAAAAAAAAGCAAUUAUUUUAUCUUUUUCUAAUUUUUGUUUCUUCUUCUUUUUUUUCUUUUUUUUUUAUUCUUCUUUCUUUCUUUCUUUUUUUUCUCUCUUUCACAUCUGCAAAAAUUAAUAUAUGUAUGUAUAUGUAUGUAUAUUGGACUAAAGCAUAGUGCCGAUAAAAUUAUAAGAUAGCAUGAUUUACGUAAUUAAGUUGUUAUAGGAAAAAGGAAAUAUCUACGUUUAUAUGUAAAAAUAUCCUCGGGAAUAAAAUUGACGCGUGUGUAUGUAUCUAUCGUUCGUCUAUUGUAAGCUUGAAAAGAGUUAUGCUUUAUAAAUUUAUUAAGUAAGACAUUUACGUAUUUAUAUCAUAAAAUGGAUAAAAACGUAAUUAUAGUAAAUUCGGAAUUUUAAAGAUAAUUCAUGAAUGACGAUAAUUAAGAAAGGAUAAUUGUUAUAAGUUUUUCCUUGUGCUAGUUUUGACGUUCUCUAAAUGAACGAUUUUGUUUGACUGAGUUUGGUAGAGCACCACUGCGAGUCUGCCUUGCAAUUAGCACAUUCAUCCAAGAUGCAUGCGAGACGAAAAAUUCUAUAGGUGAGAAACAAACGUUGUGUAUGUUCUAUAGGUAAACGUGGUUAUUACUCUGCUAAAAUACGUGCGCACGUUUGCGAUAUUUAUCCUUAAAAAAAAAAAAAAAAAAAAGAAAAAAGAAAAAAAGAAAGAAAAAAAAAAUAGAAAAAAGACAAGAAAGAAAGAAAAAGAAAAAAAAAUCCAUCGAUAUUUCCUUUUGUUUCUUUCCACGUGUGUGCGUAUGUGUCUCUCUGUGUGUGGCUGUGUAUACAGGGUGUCCAAAAAAGUUGGGACCAAACUAAUACUAUGUAUUACCGAGAUCAAAUAGAUGAAAAAUAUUCAUACUAACUUAUCUCUCAAAAUGCUUUAUUGAAGAGGUACAUGCUUUUAAAGAUACUUAUGAUUUAUUAGCAUCCGUUGUAAUUUAUUAUGUUCAAAUUAGUGAUAGUAGAAAAUUUUUUUUUUCUUUUUUUCUUUUUCCAUAUACCUUAUUAUAAUUUUUAAUGACAUUUAUUACGUUAUGUUUACAGGAGAUGAACUUUGGGAAUGCAUUCAAAAUGCAUUUAUUUAUAUUUUCAGUAAUAAUUGAAAUAUUUGUAGGAAUGUAUUGGCAACCAUUAAUUUGAUGAAUGGAAGCUUUCAUUCUUGCAAAAGAAGAUAUUUUUGAAUCUUUCUUUUAACUACUUUCUAUAUAUCUUUUCGACAAAGGAUUUUCGAACGUAAAUUUAAACGAAUCUUUUUUAUCUGUUUUAUUCUUAGUACUAAAUAGUACAAGUUUGGUUUCAAUCUUUCUGAACAUCUUGUACAUAUAUAUAUAUAUAUAUUUAUUUAUUUAUAAAUAUAUAUAUAAAUUAUUUAUAAAUAUUCUAUAGAUGUAUAUAUAUAUAUAUCUUAUAUAUAUAUUAUAUAUAUAUGUGAAAUAUAUAUAAUAUAUUAAUUAUAAUAUAUAUUAUAUAUAUAUAUUAUUAUAUAUUUAUUUAUAUACACACACACACAUACGACAAACACGCACACACACAUUCGAUUAAAAUAUACGACGAAAUCAUUCAAAAUUAAAAAAGAUGGGACAAGAAAAAAAAAAGAGAAGAAUUAAUCUGUACGUAUCUGCGAAAUUUCUUUAUCAAUUUGAAUCAAUAAUCUCGUAUCGAAGAUCUAUCUAAGGAAACGACGUAGAAGAAUUUGAUAGUUUUAUGUCAGUGAAAACGAAAGUGGCAAUAAAAUUUGCUACAAGAUUCUAAAAAAACGAAAUACGUAAAGAUAUUAAUAAGAAGAUCGAUGAUACGUCGAUUAUAUCGAAGGAAUGAUGGUAAUAAUGUCUAGCCCGCAUAGUACGAAGGAAACAGUAUAUUUUUCAAAAUACAACAAGUAUUUUUCAACUACUAAUCUCGAAUAAAGAUCUAACAUAGAUCACGUUGGAUAGUCACGCGUUGAGACCUCUGUGAAAUAAAUAUUUAAAAAGAAAAAAAAAGAAUAUAUAAAAGAAAAAAAAAUAGAAGGAAAAUAUCAUUUGGAAAACGCGAUGAGAGGAGAGAUUUAAAAGAAAAGAAAAGGUAAAGAAAAACAUUUAAAAAAAAAGAAAAAAAAACGCUAUGUGUGGCAUAGAUGUGUGACGAUCUUUUUACAAACUUUUUAUAUCGGCGAUAUCUAUUGUAUUGUUAGUUUCUAACUUUAUUUUUUGCGUUAUGUUUUACGUAGAUAUUACUACGGAUGUAUACGUUGUAUAAUAAUUGUUAUGUUAUGCAAAUGCAAUUCGACUAUAUUAUAUAUAUAUUUAUAUAGAUAUUAUAAUUAUAUAAAUAUACAGGGUAUUUCAUUUUUAACGAUGCGACCAAAUAACUUCGAUCCUAUUUGGCUUUAUAAACAAACGUUUUAAAUAAAAGUUUGUUAGAUUUUAAGAUGGAAAAUAUAAAUGUAAAAUGUAAAUUGGCAGUCAUCUCAUAGAGGAUGCUGUUGUUAAAAUACGGAAAUUAUAAUAAUUGUUUUUCCUUC